GUUGCGCUGGCGUGGGGUAGGCGGGCGGCUCUGCAUGCCCUUAAACUUCUCCAAAAGCCUUUGAACUUUUUCUCCCUCCCCUUCCAACUCCCCUCCACUGCACUCCACCACACCACACACCACCGCAGCUGCCGGGCGAAGCUGACAUCCCUCUCCACAGUCUCUCCCACAGGACCGAAGCCGCAAUACCGUCUUGGUCUGGCUCGACGGUGCUGUGUCGACAUUAGCUUUCGCUGCUGCAUCAUACCUUCAAAGCAUCAUCUCUCCUCUCUCGAACCACACCUCCCAACCCCCGAGCGCGGCAGCAAUGGCGGCCGCGAACAGCGCCGAUGCUCGUCCCUCGGAGAGCGAGACUGAAAAGGCCAUCGUCGAGGCUGCCAAACAUUACCCUCGUGCGAACGUCGCCGAGGACUUCCAGUACGGCACCGCCGGCUUCCGCAUGAAGGAUGACCUCCUCGACUACAUCGUCUUCAUCGUCGGCAUCGUCGCCACUCUGCGCUCGCGUAAGGUGCAAGGGCAGACGAUUGGCAUCAUGAUUACCGCCUCGCACAACAAAUACCAAGACAACGGGGUCAAGGUGGUCGAUACCCAGGGUGAAAUGCUGGAACAGUCGUUCGAACAUGUCGCGACCCAGCUCGCCAACGUCCACACCCCGCAAGACCUGGGCACGACGUAUGCGAGUGUGUUGAAGAAGCUCAACAUCCCCGCGACCACCAAGAAAGCACACGUCAUCUUUGCCCGCGACACACGCCCCAGUGGCCUGCGGCUCGUCAAGGCUCUGAAAGCUGGCCUGGAGGCGGCUGGCGCCGAGUACAUCGAUUAUGGCGUUCUUACCACCCCGCAGCUUCACUAUCUCGUCAAAGCCACCAACACCGAGUCCGGGAGGAAUCCAUUCGGCGAGGUAUCGGAGGAGGGCUACUACAAGAAAUUGGCCAAGAACUUUGUGGCGGCAAUGGAAGACGCCAAACCCAUCGGCUCCGUCACCGUGGAUUGCGCCAAUGGCGUGGGAGCGCCCAAGCUCAAGCAACUCCUCAAGCACCUUCCCCCUCCCGAGAAAUCCGGCCUUCGAAUCCGCAUUGUCAACGACCAGAUUGAGAAGCCGGAAGCGCUCAAUGAGGGCUGUGGGGCGGACUUUGUCAAGACUCAGCAAACCACUCCAGCUGGCUUCAAUGGCAAAGCUUACGACCGCUGGGCCUCGUUCGACGGAGAUGCCGACCGCAUCAUCUACUACUUCAACGAGGAAGGACCGGUUUUCCGCAUGCUCGACGGCGAUCGCAUCGCCACCCUCACCGCCAGCUUCAUCGGAGAACUCUUGCAAAAGGCCGGCCUCGCGGAAAAGGUGAAGGUGUCCGUCAUCCAGACCGCCUACGCCAAUGGAGCGAGCACGAGGUACAUUGAGCAGGGUCUCAAGCUCAAAAGCGAAUUCACCGACACCGGCGUGAAGCAUCUCCACCAUGCUGCCCUGCGUGCCGAUAUUGGAGUGUACUUUGAAGCCAACGGCCACGGCACCGUCCUCUUCUCCCCCCACGCCACCAAGAAAAUCUUCCUCUCCGAGCCGCAGUCGCCCGCCCAACUCGAAGCACUCAACAUCCUCCGCGCCCUGACCGAUCUCAUCAACCAGGCUGUCGGCGAUGCUCUGUCCGAUCUGCUCCUCACCGAAGUCAUCCUUGCCCACAAAGGUUUCACCGUGAAGGAGUGGUUGGCUACAUACACCGACAUGCCCAGCCGUCUCGGCAAGGUCAACGUGCUGGAUCGCCGCAGCUACACUACCGUUCCGGGCUCGGCGGAACGCAAACUGGCCUCGCCGCAAUACAUGCAGGAGAAGAUUGACGAGAUCGUGGCCAAGUACAAGGACGGGCGGAGCUUCGUUCGUGCUUCUGGCACCGAGGAUGCUGUACGGAUUUACGGAGAGGCAGCCGAGUCGUUUGACGUGGACAAUAUGGUGGAGAAGGUCAUGGAGACUAUCAUGGCCUACAGCGCUCAAGGUGUUGCCCAGCGCUAGUUCACAUCGACCUGCGCUAUACUCGCGGCUGGUUUUCGCAUAGCGGCCAGGGGUGAUUGGCAUGACGUUACGACAUGAGCGGGUUCUCACUGGGGCAUUGCAUAGCGCGCGGGGAGAAUACAAAAAAGUUUCUGGUUGAGACGGGCACUUGCCUGUUUCAACGCCUUUCGGUAGUCGUGUGCCCCAAGACAGCUAAGUAGCCUGUGUGGCAGAAACACUGCUUGAAGCUCA